AUGCUCAAUUACGUGAAGAAAUACAUAUACUUCGAACUGCUGCUAAUUUUGCGUGCGGUGAACUACUACGUUCCGUUAGACAGGUGCUUGAAUAUCGCAGUGAUAUUUUACCUGACCCUUUUGGGGCUCAUUUAUUUGGCCUUUAAGUUUAGGUACCGCGGGGGGAACGGGUCGGGUGACGUGAGUUGGGCCUUCGACGGGAAGCACGUAUGUAUAGUGGGUGGGUCCGAAGGCCUGGGCCUCUCGCUAGCCAAGCGAAUCGUCCGGGAAAACCCCCGCACCCUAACCAUCAUGUCGAGGAACACCGCCAAGCUACGCACAGCAAAGGAAGUUUUACUACAAGAACUUAGCAUACAAAAAUCCCAUAAGGAUCAUCUCCAAAUAAAUAUAGUUAAAUGCGACAUCGGCAUGAAGGAAUCGAUCAAUGAAGCGUUCCAAAAUGUACGAACGAAUAACAGUAUAGAUAAAGAAAAGGAUCAAGGGGGAGAGCAAUCGAUGGGAAGUAGCCAAAGAAGGAGGAAUCACCCCCUCGACACUCAGCAAGAGAAAGAUCAAACGUUAAACGAUGUGGAUGUCCUCAUAUGUAACGCUGCCUAUGUCUGCACAGAAGAAAAUAAUAAGCUUCAAAUGUACGAUCUGCUAUACACAGUAAACACAAAUAUUUAUGGCAACAUUGAUGUCAUCUCGAGAGUUAUUACUAACAUGAAGAAGAAAAGAAAGGGAUUUAUUUUAUUUGUUAAUUCUGAAGGAGCUCUUUAUCCUAUUUAUGGUUAUUCCUAUUAUUUAAUGAGCAAAACGUGUAUGUGGACAUAUACAUACAUUUUGGACCAGGAGUUAAAGCACUACAAUGUGCAUUUUGCAAAUGCCUUUCUCCCAUCCAUUCAAACACCAGGGUAUGUAUUGGAGAAUUUAAAAAAACCUACUGUCACGAAAAGGAUUGAAGAUUUAACGAGCACUGUGGAUUCAGAUUAUGCGGCUGAUAAAGUAGUUGCUAAAAUUAAGGAGGGGAGAAAAUUCAUAACGUUAGAUUUGAAUGGCUUCAUGUUAUCCGUUUUGCAUAGUGGUUAUAGGAACCCGGAGUCCUACUUUGAUUACUUAGUUUGCGUAUCAUUCUGUGGUGUCUUCGUUUUUGUGUCUUCCCUCUACAAGCUGUAUAUCGAACACAUCAUCCGAAGGAACGUCUUCCACCCCCUGGGGGCCGUACGCUCCGGGGGGUACCACGCCUCGGCCUUUUCCCCCUCAUUUUGA